AACCCCAGCAUCUGCUCUGGCAGCUCCGCGCCGCACUGCUCCAUUCCAUCCGUCACCUGAAACCAUGCAGAACACGGACGCCAAGCUCAAGAAGAACAGCCUGUCCUUGAUGCUGAAACGCUACAGCUCGGCGGUCAGCGACAUGGAGAGCACAAUCCUCCUGCCGAGCCUGCUGCGGGACGUGCCGUCUGACUGGAUGGACAACUGCGAAGCAGCCCAAGCCAACGAUCUGUACGGGAACUUCAUGAUGCUGAGGACCAUUCGGAACACGGCGGAGAGCAGUCUGGUCCUCCUGGAGGAGCAGGACGUGAGGAGAAAGGAGCCCAGCUGGAGCCCGGAGCCCGAUCAGGACACCGAUUCAGAGGCGCUCUUCGAGUUCCACCUGAGAGGAUUGUGUUCCGUCAUGAACGACCUGACGAAGAAGACUCAGAGUCUGACGGCGAAAUACCUGAGCAUGAUUGGUGUUGCUCAGUAACGGCCCACUUUGAUAAGCCGACAUCAACUGAAACGACGACAUGUAAACAUUUCAACCGCUUUCAUUCCAUGCCCUCACUCUUAACCUUUGGAAUUAUGGAACUAGUGUUUGGUCCUAAAUAUUCAUUUCCUAAUCCAUUCAACCUUUUCAAAAUAAAAGUCUUUGCCAUGUAGAACA